UCGCACGCAAACCUUUCCCAUCAUCACACCAUCAUCACAUUUUCAGUACCGUAACUACCGUAUCCAUAAUACAUAUGUGACAAAUUCAAAAGAAAACAAGGGUUUGGGAGGUGGGGCGAGUCAUAUAGUGUCGUCUGUAUAGGAAAUAGGAAUCACGAAUCAGAUCCGUAUCGCUGACCGCUCAGCGAGCUCGCCGCCGCUCGACGGUUCGACCGACUGUGUUGUCCGAUAUAUACGUCCGUUAUUGUUGUCCGUACAGUCGUGUUCGUUAAUAGCAGCCGGUUUUUCAGCACAACGCCAGCCCUCUGCUCCUUCGCGACGUCAGAGUAGUUCCUCCGUAUUUUUAAUACACUUGAUUUUUUUUUCUUGUCUCCCAGUAUUAUACCAUAUAGGAAAUUUGUGCCGAUUCUUCGCGUCAUGUUCCUCAUCAUUCUCCAUCAAUAACGUGCUUGGAAAUUUAUUUUAUCUCCUGAAGCAUUUCAUAUAUUGACGAAAACUCGCGGCGGUCGUCACAAAAGUGAUGUCCCGAAUAAUUUGAAAAACUAAACAAAAGUAAAAAAAUCUCCAAAAAUUGCGCGUUACUUGGUUCGAAUAGAGAACCGCGAUCGCCGGGACGCGUUAUAAUACUACAUUGUGAAAGGAGCAAACAAUUAAACACACGGUAUACAGUGUCAAAUUUUUCUCUGGCGCAAAGUAUGCAAUUCUGGAAAUAAAUAAAAAAUAAAAAAUAAAAAAGAAAAAAGCGAAAGAAUAGAGUGGGGAACGAGAAUCGGAAGGGUGAGACGGAAAAAAGGGUGAAGGAACGCUCCGAAGGUCCCGCGAAACCCGACUAUCUCUCGGUGUCUCUUGCUCCUCGGGGCCGUUCAACCUUCCUUUUAUACGGGAACGUCGUAAAAAAAACGUAAAAAAGGCGACGUUCGAGCUCACUAAACGAACAGUGCAAAGACGACUUCGGUCGUUCUCGCGCGUGCAUCAGUCGACGACUAGCCGUCGAGGGUUUUUGCGACUAGCCCUAUCGCGGAAAUUACAGGCAAGACGACUCUCUUCCCCCCUCCCUCGCCGCCCCACCGCUGUUCUUCCUUUUUCCUGUACGCUCUUUUUUUCUCUCUUCACUUCACCUUGUCUCUAUGUUACAUAUGAUUGUAAAGGCAGUGAGCAUCGAGCUAGUGCAUCCUCGAAACCGCAGGGAUAAAUCGUCUUGGCUGCUCUUCGAGUUUCUAACCCCGCAAACGGGUUCUACUCUUUAUUUUUCUCGCGUGUUCGUAUAACCGUUGACAUUGAUUUCUCCGAACGGAAAAAAAUACAUCCGUCAUAACUUUUCAUUCAUUAUUAAUUCUUUUACGGGGACGGUGCGCUCUCUCUCUCUCUCUCUCUCUCUCUCUCUCUCUCUCUCUCUCUCUCUCUCUCUCUCUCUCUCUCUCUCUCCGCACGUGCGUAAUCACGAAUUCCUUACAAGAGUGGUGUUGAAAGAAAAAAAAAACGGAAUGACGGGGUUAUGGUACACGGGAUGCGCCACACCACGGUAAACGCGGGCAAUUUAUUCCUUCGACUACGUGAAUGUCGGACGUAGGCGAGCUCAAUUGGUUUAAGUUGGGCCAAGCAUGCCCUCGAAGAAGCAGUACAACCUCGUGCACAAUGACGAGUACGACACGCGAAUACCGCUUCACAGCGAGGAGGCUUUUCAUCGCGGAAUCAUUUUUCACGCCAAGUUUAUCGGAUGUAUGGACGUACCACGGCCUACCAGCAGAGUUGAGAUUGUGGCGGCGAUGCGAAGGAUUCGGUACGAAUUCAAGGCGAAAGGUAUCAAGAAGAAAAAAGUCACGCUCGAGGUAUCGGUCGACGGUUUAAAAGUAACGUUACGAAAGAAAAAGAAAAAACAACAAUGGAUCGACGAGAACAAAGCAUUUCAAAUGCAUUAUCCGAUUUAUAGGAUAUUUUACGUAUCUCAUGACAGUCACGACCUCAAGAUCUUUAGUUACAUCGCUCGGGACGGGAACAGUAACUCGUUCAAGUGCAAUGUUUUCAAAUCUAGCAAAAAGAGUCAAGCAAUGAGAGUCGUGAGAACGGUUGGCCAAGCUUUCGAAGUUUGCCAUAAAUUGAGUUUAAAUGCGCCCGUCGAAGAUCGUGAUCAGGAUAUCGAAAAGAUGAUGAAAAAUCGUGGACGCGGCGGCGGCGGGGGCGGCGGCUGCGAUGAUGAUCGUCUACUUCGUAGCGACGACUAUGAUGAUCAAGACGACGACAUAACGAACGAGCGACGACAAAUCAGAGAAGCAACAUCUCCGUCGCCGAAUGUUCACAAAGACAUAUCGCUCAUCGGAGAUCUCGAGGAGCAAGUACGAGAACAAAGCCCUACGUCUGCGCCUUGUAUCCUGAGAACUCACGGAGCCUCGGCAUCGCCGAUCAGGCAAUCUCCAUCGGGGACGGCAAUCUCCGAUAGCGGGGAUCAUUUGCUCGUCGCUGGUGGGGAGCUGACCUCGCUUAGACACGAAAUACAAUUGUUGCGCGAAAGACUCGAUCAACAGGGACAACAAACUCGAGCUGCUGUAGCACACGCGAGGCUCCUGCAGGAUCAAUUAGCUGCCGAAACUGCGGCAAGAGUAGAGGCUCAGUCAAGAACUCAUCAAUUGUUGGUCCAGAACAAAGAAUUAUUGGAGCACAUAGGUUCGUUGGUUAGCCAUUUGCGCGAACAAGAGCGCGGUAGCCAGACGACGACGACUGGUCAAGCUCAAGUGUCUGGUGCAACUGGAAGUGCGACGUCGCCGCAAACGCCGACGAUUCCCGAUUUGUCGAGUCUCGGCCAGCCGAAUCCUGGACAAAGUUCGCCCUGGGAAUUGGAGCCAGCACCGGCUUUGGCUCGCCCCUCGUCGUCGUAUCUCCGCGAGUCUUUUUAUCCGGGGCCGGGGAUGGAUGUCCACGGGCUCAACAACUCGAGCGAUCAGUUGCAUUUCCAGAAUCAAUUGCUCGAUCGACUUGACAAUAUAAGCCCUCAUCAGCAGCAAAGAUCGCCCUACGAUACUCCUUACUCCCCUUACGCUACCACCGUAUGCCCUACGACUUUUUUACGCCCACUUGGCGUGAAUAAUAAUAAACCGUUCAAUUUCGUCAACGCCCAAACUCCGCCGCCGGUCUUGUCUUUGAGAGUUUCUCGAGCCAACGGUCCUGGUUACGCCUCUUAUUCUCCGAUUUUGUCUGACAAAAUCCCGAGUUUUGAUCCAAGCGAAAGCGACGAAUUGCUGCUGCUGCCAGCGGCGACUGAUUCGUUGGCUCCUGGUUUUAUCAGACCAUUGCCGUGCAGCGCCGACGGCGAAGAUGACGGCGAUGAAGGAGCAGGAGGGGGGGGAGCGACGACGCGGUGGGAAUCCUUGGCGAAGAGUUGUUCGCAGCGGGGAGCUUCGGAAAAUCAGGAAUCCCCGGGUAAGAAAAGCGACGGCGGAAUAGAAAGUGCCACCCAAAGACCAAUGAAUUUGGAAGCUCCACCACGAAGCCUCGAAACGUCUCCGGGACGAACGGUAAACGGCACCAGCAGCGGUGGAUCGUUAUCCACCGAAAUAAUAACAAGAGUUAUUCAAACCCAACGACAACGUCCCAAUUCGAGCUGUAAAAAUCACGUUAAAACAGUUUUAACGAGUUGCGGACCACCGCCUUCGAGGACGACGAGCGCCCGUUUACCUUUUCGGAAUGAUCUCAUGUCCCAGCAGGUACGAAGAACCGCCUGGGCUCGACACACGACCAAAUAGCCAAAUAGUUUUAUUAUAAUAUUUUCAUCGUCCCGCGCGUGCGAUGAAGAAUUUACUUUUCAUUAGUAUUUAUAAGAGGCUAAUAUUGCCCCGUUUUUGCGGGAACAAGAUGACCCGGCCCAUUCCCCAGAAAGAUUGUUCACCAUCAAAGAUGUAAUAUCGUUUUAUCAGUGGAAUAAAAAAAAAAAAUUUUAUUUGUGUACAAAACCAAAAAGCCAUUCGCUCGUUAUCAUCGUCGCUCCUUUAUCCAUAUCGCGAUGCUAGCGCUCAUUUUAUUUAUUAUAGAGGUGUAAUAAAAAGUAUAAAUAAAACUCUGUUGCUCUCGUAAA